AUGACGCUAAACCCUAGCGCCGAGGGUUUGCUGCAGUCCUGGGGCCUCAAACCCCCGCAAGUCUCUCCCCAGGGAGAAGUCCUUUCUUUGGAAACUCGUCUAAACCCUCAAGUUUCUCUUUUCAUUCCUUUAGUAGACGAAACCACCGGAGAACCUCUCAAGGGUUUCUUCGACAAACCCUUGCUGCUGCCAAACCCUGCAGUGCUGCAGGGUUUGCUGCUGCCCCAGGCUCUCCAGGCCGAGCAGCAGCAGCAGCAGCAGCAGCAGGCCCCCGCACCAGCCUCCAAAACGCCCGGCAAAAUUGUCACGGCCAGCGGCAUUCAAAUCAGCAAGGGCAAGGCGCGGAUUUCUAAAGCAAGCAUCAGCAGCAAAAUAAAAAACCCUCCCCCAGCUGGCGGCGGCCCGAAGACUUUGCGGAUUCAAGUGGCAGCAGAGCCUGCUGCUGCUCUGGCUGACUUCUGCUGCAGCAGCAGCAGCAGCAGCAGCGAGCAGCAGCUGCUCCCAGAUGAGGCGAGCGAAGACCAACAUGCGCAGCAGCAGCAGCAGCAGCAGCAGCUGAAGCAGCGCCCCCAGAUGCUGCAGCUGGCGCAGCACGAAAAGCAGAAGCAGCAGCAGCAGCAAGCACAACGGCAACAGCAGCAGCAACAACAGCAACAAGAGCAGCAGCAGCAACAGAAGCGAAAGCAGCAAGUACAUCAGAAGCACCAACAGCAGCAGGAACAAGAGCAGCGAGAGCAGCAGCAGCAGCAAGAACAGCAGCUGCAGCAGCAACAGCCAAGGCGGCCAGUACAAAAGCAGCAGCUGGUGCAGCAACAAGUACAGCUGCAGCAACAACAACGACAACUGCAAAAGGGGCAGCAGGUGCAGCGGAAAAAGCAGCAAGUAGAGCAGCAGCAGCAGCAGCAGCAGCAACAGCAGCAGCU